AUGAAUAAUCUAUUUGAUAAUGCAGAAAAAAUAAUAAAAUUCAAUCGAAUUGUAUCACAACAAUUACAAAUAAAAAAUGUUCUCAAUCCCUAUACUCAAACAUUUAUUGAUGCACAACUUGCGAAUACAUUAGGCAUUCUUUCUAAUGGUUACUAUCGAAAUUGUUUCAAUGAUUUGAUUCCAAUCCAUACAGCAACAAGUGAAGGUUUAAUAGAAUUUACAAUCAAUGAUCAAACUGAUUGUGAAGAAAUGAUCGUAGAAUACCAUUCGAAAUAUUAUCCAGUAAUAACACAACUUUUCAUUCGUCAAGUUUAUGAUAGUAUCAAUCAAUGCAUGGUUACAUAUCGACAAGCUAUUGACAAUGAUUACCUUGAUACAGAACUAUUUAUUUAUUCAUGUUCGAGUAUGUCCAUGUCAAUUCAUGAAGCUUUUUAUUGUGGAUUCAUUGUUGGUGAAUUACGCACUGAUACAACCGAACAAAAACUACCGAAAACUAUCUUACAAAUCAAUGAAAAUGAGGAUGUCAUAUUUUCUUUAUUGAAAACUAUUGUUAAUAGUUUGCGAGCAUUUACAAAUACAAUACUUAUUCAUGGCGAAUGCGAAUUGACAUCCGAUGGAUAUAUUCAACUUAAAACAACACAAAAAUCCUAUUUGCUAACAGAAGCUAUUGAACUUGGUCUAGUUUCAUUUGAAGAUAUUUCACAAAUAACUCAAUCAGACCCGUCGAACGAAGUACGAUCUUUUUUUAUUAUUAUCAAAGUAACCUUGUGUCCCCAUGGAAAUCUCCGCGCUGUAAACUCAAAAAAUCAGUCAACUAUAAGAAUGAAUAGAUUAUCAUGA